UAAAUGACAUUGGUCACGUUGUAAGAAAUUUAUUGGGGGUUAAUAGUUGAGCAUAGAAUGAUAGAAACGUAUGUAAUAUACGAGGAGUACACCGUUUUUCUCUUGUUGGUGCGGGAUCUCUGCCUGAUUUAACGGAGGGAUCUUCGGUUCCGCACCGCCAUCGCGUUUGUCUGCUGACCUGGUACCAUCUUAUUCGUUGCUUUACGCUAUCGGAGAGAAACCAUACCCACCGGAGAAUUGCCAAACUAUUUUCAGAUCCGACACACAAAGGGGGGAAAAGAGAGAGACACGCAGACAUAAGCGACAAGUGUUGUUGGACUGAGCUGAGGGGAAAGAUAGGGUGCGGCGCGUUGCAGAUUUAACAAUGGAAGGCUUUGUACGAUGGUUUCAGAGUCUCUCCACGUCUUCCUCUUGUUCUUCUUCUGCUGUUGUCGACGCCAUUGACUGUAACAGCCGUCAUGAACGCUCACCAAACGACGCCGUCCAACCAUCACCAUCACCAUCACCAUCGUCAACCACCGAACAACACAGGGAAGAGAAACAAAUUCAAAAGGAGCUGACGAUCACUGUGGAUAUCAAUAUCUCGGGCUUGAAGCCGAUCAAGGUCCCCCAACGGAAAAACCACAGACUUGCCCCUACGGAACCUCGUAAGACCAUGCUUGAAAAAGAGUUCUUCACCGAAUACGGUGAGGCAAGUCAAUAUGAAAUUGAGGAAGUAAUUGGCAAAGGAAGCUAUGGGGUUGUUGCGUCUGCAAUUGAUACUCACACUGGAGAGAGGGUGGCUAUAAAGAAAAUUAAUGAUGUCUUUGAGCAUGUUUCUGAUGCCACACGCAUUCUAAGAGAGGUGAAGCUCCUAAGGCUGCUACAUCACCCAGAUAUUGUAGAAAUAAAACAUAUUAUGCUUCCUCCAUGUCGAAGAGAAUUUCAAGAUAUUUAUGUUGUGUUUGAGUUGAUGGAAUCUGAUCUUCACCAAGUUAUAAAGGCAAACGACGAUCUUACACCUGAACAUUAUCAAUUUUUCUUAUACCAGCUUCUUCGAGCUUUAAAAUAUAUUCACACAGCAAAUGUUUUCCAUCGAGAUUUAAAGCCAAAAAAUAUACUUGCCAAUGCAGAUUGCAAGCUAAAGAUAUGUGACUUUGGGCUUGCUCGUGCAUCAUUUAAUGAUGCCCCAUCGGCUAUUUUCUGGACUGAUUAUGUGGCAACCCGAUGGUACCGUGCUCCUGAACUCUGCGGUUCAUUUUUUUCCAAGUACACCCCUGCUAUCGAUAUAUGGAGCAUAGGAUGUAUAUUUGCAGAAAUGCUCACAGGAAAACCCUUGUUUCCUGGGAAAAAUGUGGCACAUGAAUUGGAUCUCAUAACAGAUUUGCUUGGCACUCCUGCAGCUGAAUCCGUUGCUAGGAUUCGGAAUGAAAAGGCUAGAAGAUAUUUAAAUAGCAUGAGGAAAAAGCCACCAACUCCUUUCUCGCAAAAAUUCCCCAAUGCAGAUCCAUUGGCUCUUCGUUUACUAGAGCGUUUGCUUGCGUUUGAUCCUAAAGAUCGCCUGUCAGCUGAAGAGGCAUUAGCUGAUCCAUAUUUCAACGGAUUGGCGAAUGUGGACAAUGAACCAUCUAUGCAACCUAUUUCAAAACUUGAGUUUGAGUUUGAAAGGAAGAAAUUGACAAAAGAUGAUGUAAGGGAGCUAAUCUAUAGAGAGAUCUUAGAGUAUCAUCCACUAAUGCUGCAGGAGUACCUACAAGGUGCAGAUCAGAGUAGCUUCAUGUAUCCAAGUGGAAUUGAUCGAUUCAAGCGACUAUUUGCCCAUCUUGAGGAACAGUAUGGUAAAAGAGAAAGAAGCACUGCACUCCAAAGGAAGCAUGCCUCCUUGCCUAGGGAAAGGGUUUCUGUACCCCAAGAUGAGACUUCUGACCAAAAUGGUAAUUGUAAAAAGUGUAAUGCAGCUUCAGCUUCUCGUGCAACCAUCCAGAGCCCUCCAAGGUCCGAAAGGAUUGAGACAAUAGAAUAUACUUACCAAAAUGCAUUGGCUAUGCAGAACGGCUGUAGCAAACCAAGUAAUAGUCCCCGCAACCUGUUGAAGAGUGCCAGCAUAAGUGCUUCUAAAUGUUUGGCUGUAAAAGGAAAUAAUUGUGAGGAAGAAACAAUCCUGGAACAAGACGAAGAGGCGGUUGGUUGGUUGUCAUAGAAAGUCGGAACAACAUUAUGCUUGGAUUAUACUGCUGAUAUGUGCAAUGUUGGGAUAGCUUUGUUUUACCUGCUAGGCCCUGAUACUAAUUGUGCCUUUUUUGCUAGUAGAAGGAAAGUUGCAAGAAUUGGAUAAUUGUAUAUGACAUGGCUUUGAUAGUUUUGGCCUGAAACUGAAUGAACAGUCCUAAAACUAUGCGACGCAUCUUGAUAUUUCUUUU